UAUAGAACGGUCAAACGAACGGACUUCACAUAUUCAGUUUGUACAUGAUCAUAUAACAUUUACGUAUUUUAAAUGAAAGUGUAUGCUAAUUAUAAAGUUGAACCAAGUGCGUUUAUUUGGAAGGGCUAUCCUACAAAUAUGGUGUCAGAAGUGGGAUGGUAGCGCCGCGGGGGAGAAAAACUUUUAAAUUGACAUUUUUUAUACUUGAAAUGUGAAGUGCGCGUAAAGUUAUUAGAUAAAAAUGAAUAAGUUUCCGUCAAUGUGUAAAUUUUAACUUUACAUAUUUACAUAUAAAAGCAAAAGUAAAGGUGUUAAGAAACAUACAGACGUAUAACGGACGCCUAUUAGAAAAGCCUAGAAUGUAGCGAUGAAUGCAGUGAUUAGAAGCAGAGUAGCGGACGAGCAGCAAAUUUUAAGCAGCGUAAAUUUUUUUUUGGUACGAGACCAUCAAGUCAGCAACAAGUAAGAUCCAAAAAGCAGCAUUAAAGUAAAGCAACAUAGUAGCCAAGGGUAAGAAUAUAAAGAAACAGAGUAUUAAGGCGAGCGUCAGGAACACAGACGUAUGCGGCGUCCGUAGAAGCAGAGAGGGUAGCAACAAGGCAUUCGUAGCGGUGUAAAGCAGAGAAGGCAGCAACAAGGCGUUCGUAGCAGAGAAGGCAGCAGCAAAGUGUUGGUAGCGGUAUAGUAACAGAGAAGUGAACAAAUACAGUAGCGGUAACCAAAAGAGGACAACUGUAAAACAAUUCACAAGUACAGUUGAGGCGAAUAAAAGCAUUGUAAGACAAUGGACCCCGAGCAGAUUUUAGCAUUGCUUGUGGACGGACUUAAGGAAAACUUGGAAAGGUUGGGAUUAGUAGCUAGUGGACGGAAAACCGUACUCCAGGACAGAUUGCUGGAACACUUCGGCCUGAAUACAAGCGAGGAUGAGGCCGAUGACGCCGGUAGUAGACGUAGCGUGAAUACACCGAUUGUAGAGCGAUCGAUGUUUACACUUCGUGAUGUGGAAGAUUCCAUGACUCCAUUUAAUAGUUCAGGACAGCCUAAUUUUGAACAAGGGCUACAAGACUUCGAAGAUAAUGCGGAAGCUGUACAGUGGAAUGAACUACAGAAAUAUAUUUAUGCCAAGCAAUUACUGAAGGGAGCUGCAAAGAUGUUCGUACGUGGUCAAGUUGGUAUUUGUAGUUAUAGUUCUUUGAAAUCAGCAUUGAAGAGCGAGUUUGGUACCACCGUAUCAGCAAUUGAUGUACAUCGUACAUUGAGGAACCGACGUAAACGACAGAACGAAGAUAUGCGUGAAUACCUAUAUUGUCUGAUGGAAACCGGGAAACCUAUAAACUUAGAUGACCACAGCCUUAUAGAGUAUUUCGUCGAUGGUACUCCGGAUUCUAAAGUAAACAAAUCGAAUUUAUACCAAGCAAGGUCUAUCGGUGAUCUCAAGGAGCAGAUCAAAAUUUACAAUUUGCUUUGAUCCAAUUUGCAAAUCCGUUGAAAUCAUCGUCGUCAAACAGAGUAACAUCGAAUUUCAAUCCCGGAGAUAGGAAGUGUUUUACAUUCGGAAAAAGUUCACACAUGGCUAGAGAUUGUCCACAGGGCAGAUUCACCUGCUACAGUUGCGGAAGAGAAGGACCGAAGCAUCCGAAUGUAAAACUUCCGUCAAAGUCAACAAGCCAGAAAGGGGUACGAAAGGGAGUAUGAAUACAAUGAGGUAGAUA